CUGAGUCAGAAGAAGUGCUUAGUGAAGGAUCUGAGGAGGUUUCGGAAGCAGUUAGAAAAAGAAGCAGGAAAGCUUGAGGCAACAAAAUGUGCCUUUAUUCCAAAGACCUUCAAAAUGCCUUCAGAGUAGUAUUUGUUUGUGGAAGAGUUUCGCAAGAAUCCUGGCAUCGCUUGGAUUGUGAAACUGGUUGGCAGGUCACAAGGUGAAGGAAUGUUCCUGUUCCGAAAACCGAAGGAUAUCAUUGAUUGCCUCCGGAGCGUUCCGAGGGCGAUUAUCGGUGAUGAAGGCUGCUUCGAGCUCUAUGGCUGGGACAUCCUGAUCCGUCAGGAUCCGAAACUCUGCCUUCUGGAGGUAAAUGCUUCACCUUCCCUCGCUGCCAGUGGCCGGGAAGACUAUGAACUCAAGUGUCAGCUUCUCAAAGGCACCCUCGUGGUGGACAGGGAGAGCAGGCUGCCAGGGAAGGAGAAGCGUGUUGGGGGCUUUGACCUGAUACAGAACAAUGGGCCUGUCAGCAGAGGGGGAGACCUGGGUGCUCCAGUGAAUGAGAACAUCACGGCAAACACACAUUUAGGGUGCCCUGCCCAUGCCCCUGAGCUAUGGGAGGAAGAGGAGAGCACACACCUUUCACUGGAGAACAAAAGAACAAGAACAGGGUGCUACGAUGACAGGAAGAAACUGAAGCAGCUUUUCAGGAAUCUUCCCGCGCAGCAGAAAGCGUAA